CUGACGCCUACGUCAGACCCAGGAAUGGGACAGCUCGGGGCGUGCCAGGGUGGGCGGAGCCGUUGUUAGUUUACGUCCUUGAGGGAGCUUCGUAGUAAUCGGAGGGGGAAGCACCUCCUCCUUUAAUUGCUCUGAGGACUGCUGCCCAAGAAACGCUGUAGUCGUACACCGUUUUUGCCUACUGCGGGAUGGGGCGGAUUGUAACCGCCAUGUUGGUGAAGGCAUACGAAGGGGACUGGAGCUCCAGGAUGGUCGACUCUGCUAGCUCAAGCCCGCCAUCUUAAUAAAGAGAAGGGGAAGGUUGGGCUUCCACCGCACCUCACACACAGCCUUUCUCCCACCCUGUUCCCGCGAUUCAGCUCGGUGGACCCUUACUCUGCCUCACUUGCCCAGCCUCUGCCCUCAGGAAACAUAGCCGCCAUCGCCUCAGAACAGGCUUAAGACAACGCUGAAUGAGGGGGAAAGGGAAAUGCCUACCAAUUGCGCCGCGGCAGGCUGUGCUGCUACCUACAACAAGCACAUUAACAUCAGCUUCCACAGGUUCCCUUUAGAUCCUAAAAGAAGAAAAGAAUGGAUUCGCCUGGUUAGACGCAAAAAUUUUGUGCCAGGAAAACAUACUUUUCUUUGUUCAAAACACUUCGAAGCCUCCUGCUUUGACCUAACAGGACAAACUCGACGACUUAAAAUGGAUGCCGUUCCAACCAUUUUUGAUUUUUGUACCCAUAUAAAGUCUAUAAAACUCAAGUCAAGGAAUCUUUUGGAAAAAAACAACAGUUGUACUCCAGCAGGACCAUCUAAAUCCAACAUUAGUAGUCAGCAAGUACUCCUUGAACACAGUUAUGCCUUUAGGAACCCUAUGGAGGCAAAAAAGAGGAUAAUUAAACUGGAAAAGGAAAUAGCAAGCUUAAAAAGAAAAAUGAAAACUUGCCUACAGAAAGAACGCAGAGCAACUCGAAGAUGGAUCAAAGCCACAUGCUUGGUGAAAAAUUUAGAAGCAAAUAACAUAAUACAUAAGGGCACAUCAGAACACAUUUUACCAACUGCCUUAAGCAAUCUUCCUUUGGAAAAUUUCAAGAUUCUUGAACAAGAUCAACAAGAUAAAACAUUAUCAAUUCUCUAAACCUAAAACAGACCAAGAGUACCUUCAAGAUUAGCUUGCACAGAACUUCAUACCCACCCUUCAUUCCAUUCAGAGGUAAACAUGUUUAAGGCAUUAUGCCAAAAUUGGGUAUCUAAUAAGUUUUACUUGAAGUAUACAUUAUUACUGUAUAACUUAUGAAGACUCGAUUACAAAAAAACAAUGGACAACUUUUUAUGACACUUUAAAAUGAAUGGAAGUGCCUUAUGUGAGAAUUAACUUAUUUAAAAAUGUUAGGAAAUUGUAUGUUUG